AUGGAAGAACCAGGUGCUCUGUGCGCCCCGCCGCUGCCCGCUGGCACCCAGACCGGGGUUCCUCAAACCAACCUCUCCGCUGCUCCCUCCCGCAACUGCAGCGCCGAGGGCUACAUUUACCAGGACUCCAUCACCCUGCCCUGGAAAGUACUGCUGGUUAUCCUGCUGGCGCUCAUCACCUUGAUCACCACGCUCUCCAACGCCUUCGUGAUCGCCACAGUGUACCGGACCCGGAAGCUGCACACCCCGGCUAACUACCUGAUCGCCUCCCUGGCUGUCACAGACCUGCUGGUGUCCAUCCUGGUGAUGCCCAUCAGCACCAUGUACACGGUCACCGGCCGCUGGACACUGGGCCAGGUGGUCUGCGACUUGUGGCUGUCGUCGGACAUCACCUGUUGCACCGCUUCCAUCCUGCACCUCUGUGUCAUCGCUCUGGACCGCUACUGGGCCAUCACGGACGCCGUGGAAUACUCAGCUAAAAGGACUCCGAAGAGGGCGGCGGUCAUGAUCGCGCUGGUGUGGUUCUUCUCCAUCUGUAUCUCGCUGCCGCCCUUCUUCUGGCGUCAAGCCAAAGCCGAGGAGGAGGUGUUGGAAUGCGUGGUGAACACCGACCACGUCCUCUACACCGUCUACUCCACGGUGGGCGCUUUCUACUUCCCCACCCUGCUCCUCAUCGCCCUCUACGGCCGCAUCUAUGUGGAAGCCCGCUCCCGGAUUUUGAAGCAGACGCCCAACAGGACCGGCAAGCGCCUGACCCGAGCGCAGCUGAUCACCGACUCCCCGGGAUCCACGUCCUCGGUCACCUCCAUUAACUCGAGGGCUCCCGACGUGCCCAGUGAAUCCGGGUCUCCUGUCUACGUGAACCAAGUCAAAGUGCGAGUCUCCGACGCCCUGCUGGAAAAGAAGAAACUCAUGGCCGCUAGGGAGCGCAAAGCCACCAAGACUCUGGGGAUCAUUUUAGGAGCGUUUAUUGUGUGUUGGCUGCCCUUCUUCAUCAUCUCCCUGGCCAUGCCUAUCUGCAAGGAUGCCUGCUGGUUCCACCUGGCUAUCUUUGAUUUCUUCACGUGGCUGGGCUAUAUCAACUCCCUCAUCAACCCCAUCAUCUAUACCAUGUCCAAUGAGGACUUCAAACAAGCAUUCCAUAAACUGAUACGCUUUAAGUGCACAAGUUGA